AAUAUUGACCGCAAUUAAAACGAAGUAUAAUUUUAAGUGUAUAAACUUGCGAAAAAUAUUUUUGUCUCUGCCGAUAAAUCAGCCUUGCUGCCUCACUCUUAUACGCAAACUGGGUUCCUUCUGCUUGUAGAGAUCUACUUCUCUAUAUAAUACAAAUUUCAAUAAAUGAUCUACAGAUCUACUAUUUUUUGAUUUUGGUUUGAUAUUCAAUUCUAACAGAAGAAAUCAUCAUCUGGGUUCUAUUUUUUUCUUGCCCAAUCGGUGAUGUUUUAAUUUUAUAGGGUUUUCAAUUGGAACCAAAAAGUUGAAGAUGGGUUCGAAGAAAAAAUUCAGCAACUCAUCUAAUUCUUCUGCUUCUUCGUCGUCCAGUGAUUCAAAAUCACCGAUCUCAGGAUGCAAGGAGUUUCAACAACAGCUUGAUUCUUUGACUUUGACUUCAAAACCAUGCGAAACAUUUAAAUAUUUUAUUUGGGCCGUUCAUGAUUAUGUGAAGCAAUCCGUUGUCUAUCUCUUGGCCAAAGGUGGUUGGCUAUUAGUUUUGAGUAUCUUGGUAUUGUUUUCUGGAGUUCUCUUGGCAACUAUUGAAGGGUCUCAUGAAAAGCAUGUCCAGGAGGUUCUCCAGUACUUUCAGUUUGUAUUGUGGUGGGUUGCCCUUGGCGUCGCAUCUUCUAUUGGUUUGGGAUCUGGCUUGCACACUUUUGUUCUGUAUCUAGGGCCACAUAUUACCCUAUUUACCUUAAAAGCUAUGCAAUGCGGUCGAGUUGAUUUGAAAAGUGCUCCAUAUGAUACAGUACAAUUCAAACGAGGUCCAUCAUGGCUUCAUAAGGACUGCUCUGAAUUCGGUCCUCCAUUAUUUGAGUCAGUUAAUGGUUUAAGAGUACCUCUUAGCAGCAUUUUGCCUCAAAUCCAGUUGGAAGCUGUUCUAUGGGGUCUUGGGACGGCAUUGGGUGAACUUCCACCAUAUUUCAUUUCAAGGGCUGCCCGUUCAUCAGGAAGCAAAUUGGACGAGAUUGAGGACUUGGAUGGAUCUUCUCCGGAAGAUAAUGGAGUUUUUGGAAAGCGUGUAAAUCAAGUGAAACGUUGGUUCAUGUCUCACUCUCAGUAUUUGAAUGUCUGGACCAUUUUGCUGCUAGCUUCGGUGCCAAAUCCUCUGUAUGAUGUUGCUGGUAUAAUGUGUGGACAUUUCGGGAUACCCUUCUGGAAAUUUUUCCUUGCAACUGUAGUGGGAAAGGCAAUUGUAAAGACCCAUAUUCAGACAGUUUUUAUUAUCUCAGUGUGUAACAAUCAGCUUUUGGAUUGGUUAGAGAAUGAAUUUAUUUGGGUAUUUAGCCAUAUACCUGGAGUUGCCUCUGUGAUGCCUAAAAUUAUUGCAAAAUUGCAUGCUGUUAAAGACAAGUACGUUAUAGCUGCUCCACCCGUGGGUUCUAACGUCAAGGUUAAGAAUUGGGGUCUUUCUUUGGCUUCAAUCUGGAACACUGUUGUCUGGCUUGUUCUCCUCAAUUUCUUCUUCCAAAUAGUGAAUAAAACUGCUCAGAAUUUCCUUAAGAGACAGCUAGAAAACGAAUUAGCUUUGCAACGCAGUCAAUCACCAGUGAAUGCGACACAGUAACCAGUAUCAAAGUAGUGAAGAAACUUCAGAAGGAACCUGGAUCAAGUCUUUUGCUACGUUCUGUCGUCAUGACAAGAUAGAUUCAUCUUUCAUUGGUCGCGUAUUCGGAUGCGAUGUAUAGACGUAGAAAUAGGAUUGAUGGUGGCAAGGAGAAACAAUGGCUUACUAUUUCUGAUGGUAAUAGUGAUCUUUGAAGUUUAACUCUGCCUAUAUUUGGAAACUGUAUUGUGGUUACUGGUUAUUGAACUUUCAUUCUUUGGGAAUGCAAGAGACAAAGAAGUUCCUUGCAUGCCUUUUCUUGUUCUAUAUGGCCCUCUAAUUGCUUAUUUAUAGUAUUUGUGAAAUUUACUUUAUAAAAAUGCAUUUUGUUAGAACAAAAAGAUGUUUAAAGCCUAAGCUCGAGUUAAACCCCUAUACAAAGCAUCACAUAAGCGUAAAUUUUGUUAAUGAGAAAGAGUACUAGUGUUAAAUUUG